GGACCGACGUGCUUGGUGCUUUGGUGAAGACGCGCCCCCGGGUGGCCUUAGAUGUUAAUGCUGCCACUUGGAGCAGUGGGUGGGCGAGUCUCGCAUUCUCUCCGUUUCUGCAGCCAGCCCAGGAUGUGUAGGCAGAGCAGGUGCAUUUUUAAAAGUAGGAUCUGCUGAAUCAGAGCCGUCCAGGACUGUGUGCCCCCAUGUGCUGCAGAAGGGAGGCACCCCCUGGACGCACACUCACUGAUGGAGAAAGAGAUGCUGCUGUUCCACCUUGCACGCUCUCCAGGAAACAGCACUGAAAUAACUUCAAGCCAGGAGACCUAGGGAAGGAAAGGAAGGCUUUUAAUUUUCAUGAUGCCUUUCAGCCAGUGUGGCACAUAUAUAACACUAUCGUUGGGAUUACAACCCCCCCCCAAGUGAAUCGGUAACAAUGACACAGCGAGGGCAGAUUGCUCAGGAGGCUCUGAACACCGGGGGAAGAUGCUGAUGGACAAAAAUACAUCAUCACUCUCCAACAUCUCCUCCACUGCCCUGUCUUGGGUAAGAGGAGAUGGCAACUGGACAGGGGCAGGAAUUGGUCCCCGGGAGGUGGCUGUUGGAUUGAUACUAACCUUUAUAGACUUGAUCACUCUGUUUGGGAAUACUGUGGUUUUUAUCUGCCCUGUGGUGGAGAAGAGGCUGCGUACCGCAACUUACAUGUUUAUUAUGUCCUUAGCCAUGGCAGAUCUCCUCGUUGCUUGUCUGGUCAUGCCAUUUAGCAUAAUUUAUGAGGUGACGGGGAUGUGGCUAUUCGGGAGGCUGUUCUGUAAAGUGUGGAUCUCUUUUGAUGUCAUGUUCUGCACGGCGUCCAUUGUCACAUUGUGCUUUAUCAGUCUGGAUAGAUAUUGCUCCGUGGUGACCCCCUAUCAUUAUUCAAUGAGGAUGUCACGUCGAAGGUGCAUCAUAAUGACCUGCAUGGUCUGGGUAUACUCCUCCCUCAUUUCCUUCCUACCAGUCAUGCAAGGCUGGAAUGAGAUACCAGGUGUAGAUUUUGAUGCUGGCAAAGAGUGCAUCUUUGUCACCAACUGGACUUUUGCCAUCGUAGCUUCUGCCCUGGCAUUUUUUGUCCCGUUCAUGAUUAUGUGCAGCAUGUAUUUCUUCAUCUACCGAGCAUCACGACUCAAGGCCACCCGCAUCAUGUCUCAGUCCCUUGAAAUUCACUACCAUCCCAACAGCAAGAGGCAGAACAACCUGCAGCUGGAAAACAAAGCCACUCGGACAAUUAGCAUCAUCAUCUCAGUCUUCAUAUCGUGCUGGUUACCCUACUUUGUUCUGAAUGUAUGGCUAGCUGCUAAAGGUACCAAUUCCACCAGCGCAGUCCUGGUUGAUGCCUUCAAGAUCAUAACUUGGUUAGGUUAUUGCAAUUCUACUAUCAACCCCAUGCUCUACGCCUUUCUGAAUCGGGAUUUCCAACGGGCUCUGAAGAAGCUGUUCAUCUGCAGGCGCAGGUCUCAGGUGGAUAUUGGAGAAGAUAUGGUUUCAAUAGCCACUUUUUCCAAGACUGCUCAAGACCCAGAAUACAGCAUUAAAGUCCCAAUGCCCGCUGGAGCACUGAAGAGCAAGCAUAAACAAAGUUCUGGGUUACUUGUUGCAGGAUGAGACAGAUGAAGAGUGUAUGGUGAUUAGUGUGUUUUUUUUCCGGGGGGGGGAGGGGGUUAUCUAUUAAUUGAAAAAAAAAAUUUUGGAAGAGAUUGGGUGCAAGAUUACAAAUGUAUUUUUAUUUUGGCUGUAACCUGUGUGAAAUGUGAGCACGACAGAGUGAUGCCAUAUUGUCCUUUCAUCUUCCUUUGUGCUGUGAACAAAAUUAGUAGCCCUUUCCAGAAGAACAGCAAAGGAUCUUGAUCUUUCAGCUGAGUUGUCAUAACCAAUUGGCUAGUUUCCCAUUAAAAAACUAUUACGCUAUAUAUAAAUAGCAGAAAAAAGUUUCCUGUGAAUGAUUCAGCCUUCAUGUUGAAAAAGUAGGCGUGAAAACAUGAAUUGUGCUCCCUGAGCUUUUAGCCGGGUGUACUCUACAAUUGAGUAGGAUACAUGCUGCCUAAGGGCAAUUCAAUACAGCCCUGGUCCUGCAAAGGGUUCAACAUUACUUGCACGUUUUCAAUGGGACUACUUGUGAAUAAAGUUCAUCAUGCACAGAGGUGCUGGUAGGCUCUAACCUAUGAAUGAAAUUCACUCAUGUGCAGAGAGACAGCACAAGACCCAGCCACCAGUGACCUCAGAGGUGCCUAGAUCUUGUGCUGGCUCUCUGCACCGUGGUAGAUUUCACCCCAAUUUUCUUCAGAAAUAAGUGUGUAGUUGCAAAGCUUAUAAACUUUCCACUCUACGUCUGAGAGAUUUAAAAUAAGUGAUUCAUCAACAGCAAGUGCAGACAGAGAGGAGAGGUGUUCGUGUACAUGAAGUGUGUGUUCAGUUUGUAAAAUCAAACAGUGUUGAUUCCAGGCAGUGACGGUCUGUGCUUUUUCCACAAGGAGUCUUGUCAUUUAAUGUAUAAAAGGAACUUGCUGUGUCCCAGGCCUUUGGAAAGCUGCCCAAUCAAAUAAGACAAGUAUGGAAACCUUUAUCGUUCUAUAGAAUUUGUAGAGCCCGUUGUCCAAGAUGUUCUAAGUGGUUUACAAUUGUCUAAAAAAGCCGCACAGGACACUGGAGAAGCAGGUAAGGGAUGUAAAAAAAACAAAAACAAAAAAACACCCACCACUUAUCCUACCACUACAACGCCACAGAAACUUCUGGUAUGGAGUUCAGCUCCUUAACAGUACAACAUUAACAACUGUAGAAGGAAGUGGGGGGGAUGGGAGGAGGAGGGAUUCACCCGAGUUUGAAUGUGACCAGAUGUAUAACAAAACCACCCUGCUGAUGAGAGGUGAAGCAUACUGUGGCUCAGGGGUGGCGGAGAGAAACUCCCUCUUUGCCUAUUCAGUUUGAGGGUACGUCUUCACUUACCGGAGGAUCCGGCGGCAGGCAAUCAAUGUUCU